AUGGCGGCCACAACAACCGCCCGGCGCCACCAGCCGUGGCACAGCAUGUCCACCGCGAAGGCGACGGCGGCCUCCUCGUCCUCGUCCAAGAAGCCCUCGAAGGUCUCCAAGACUUCCAAGACUGUCUCAAAGACAGCAUCAAAGGCCAAUGGCACCGGCAUCCGGCCACACGAUCCGCGGCUGGAGCUGUCCCUGCGCGCUUUCCAUCAGACCCUGGCCAAGAAGCGCCCGCGGCAGGAAGCGUUCCCACACGACGACAUCUUCACACUGCUGACGGCAGCCGCCGCGACGACGCCGCUGAUGCAAACGACACAAACAACCGGCACCACAUCAUAUGCCUCUCACUCACCACUUCCUCAACUUCCGACUACACCCUCCUCCUGUCUCUACGACCCGGUUUCGCCGUGGGGUGUUCGCGGUAUUGCGUACGACCCGGCGACGCCACAAUGGGAGCUGCCCGGCGGCAUGGCUCUACCUGCGUGCGCACCUCUUGCCUAUCAGUUUAUGGCCGGCAGGACAACAGAACCGACGGCUGCCAACGAACCACCACAACUGCAUGCACCACCGCAACCACGAGAAGAGACAGCGACAAAGCCAUGGAAGCCCAAGAAGAGCCGGUUCUUUGGUCCCGGCCUGCGGGAAGUCUUGAGCAUGAUUCCGUCUGCACCGGCGCCACCGCCACCACCACCGCCACCGCCAACGCAACAACAGCAGCAGCAACAGCAACAGCAGCAGCAACAGCAGCAGCAACAGCAGCAGCAACAGCAUAAACAGCAGAAACAACAGCAGAAACAGCAGAAACAACAGAAACAACAAAAACAGCAACAAUACCACGAACAACAGCAUCACCAGAAACGACAGCAAUGCCACGAACAACAACACGUCUUACCUCCGUCAAGACCAAACGGCGACCAAAAUGCCUAUUUGACGGAAUGGCGGUUCGUACUCAGCGAUCUUGGCCCCCAGCCGGCCCAGCAGUCACCACAGCUAGCAACGGCCACACCGGCCACGCCCAGCACGUCGGAGGCGGCUUCGGUAACAGCAGUGACAAAUGGCAAACGGCGUAGGAAGCCGUCAAUGAAGGCUCAGCUGUCAUCGAAUGCCACUGGCCGACCGCCAUUGUCAACACCGUCAGUGUCGUCAAUGUCAGCCGUGCCUGCACCGACCACGCCUCAUGCCACGCCCGUUCCUCCGCCCCUCACCCCGGCCUCGGUUCCCGUCUCGGUUCCUACCUCGGUUCCCGCCAGCGGCAAGGCACCCACUACAAACGGCCAAGCGUCGCGCUGCUGCCCUAUGGAGGUACCAAGCAUUCUCCACAUGAUUCUCGACCAGACAAGCGACAAUCUCAAGCCGCAGAUGGUCGACUCGUACGUCAGCUAUGUGCCCCGUCUGUGCCAUGACCACAAGAAUAAAUACGAGCGCCUUAAGGCAUUGAUGCAGCAUGGCCUCAGCAGCACAAGCCGCGGCCGUGCUAACAGCCACCAUGGCCCACCAACAUCUGUGCUGCCGCCGUCAUUGCCGCCGCCAUUGCCACCGUCAGCGCCACCUAAGAAGAAACGCAAGUCAUCAAGUCAUGCCGCCGCACCACUCGUCCCGUCACCGUCAUUGCCACAAACGGCUCAAACGGCUCCGCCUACCCAGCCAGCGCAGUCUGCUCCUCCUUCUCCCCUUCCGUCUCCUCCUCCCUCUCAUCCGCCAUACACUGUCGACCCUUAUGGUAUUCGCCCGGCGAUCAACGCCGCCAGGGAUGACCAGUACCGCCGCCUCAUGCUUGAUGAGAUCCAGGAGCGCUUCGCCGCCAAGGAGGGCGUCGACUCUACCCACGGCGACGUCACCAACCGUGUCAUCCACAGCCUGCUGAACAUUGCUCGGCCGCCCAACACGGACGCCUCCAAGGGCCCCCUGGACGUGCACACCUUGACCGGCAAGGAGGCGUGGACGAUGCUGGACAAUGGCUCGCCGCACGAGCCCGUCGUCACCACGAUGGAGCAGAUGUUCCAGUGGCGGCCCAAGCUGCGCCCCAUUGCCGAGCUGUUCCGGCGGAUGGAGAAUCUGGAUCGUCGCGUGUCGGUGCAGGUGCCGUCGCGCCACUGCAUGGACGACUCGUUUGAGUCGAGGGACUUGAUCCAGGUGAGGGAUCGGUUUCUGGGUCCGGGCGGCUCGUCUGCGUCCUGCGACGCCGACGAUCCGUGGAACAUUCUGGACCUGCGCAGCCCGCUGCCGGCGGCGGUGCUGCCGCGGUUCCUGACCAACGAAAACUGCCAGCUGCUGCCGCGCCUGCGCGACGAGGUCCUCAACCCCAGCCGGGCCGAGCGCGAUACGGCCGCCCGCGAGCAGUGGAACGAGUGGCGCGACGUGCUCGAGUGGGUCCUGCUGAGCCAGGGCGGGCACAAUACGUCGCCGCACACCGACAGCCACGGCCUGGGCACCUGGAUUACGGUCCAAGAGGGCCUCUUUGGCUUCGGCUGGCUGUCGCACCCGACACCCGAAGAGCGCGCCGCCUGGAUGGCCAAUCCGCACGGCUUCCGCGACGGGCACUGGUGCUACAUGGUGCUGGAGCCGGGGCAGACGGUCUUUUUCAACUCGGGCACCGUCCACUUUGUCUUCCGGCUGCGCCGCGAGGCCACCCUGGCCCUCGGCGGCCACGUCCUGCAGUGGUCCGGCAUCGAGCGCUGGCUGCAGGUCGUCGCCGCGCAGAUGCAGAACCCGCACAUCACCAACGAGGACAUGGAGUGGAGCGCGCCCAAGUACGUGCGCGUGGUGGCCCGGCUGGUCGAGGCGCGCCGGCAGAGCGGCCGCGUCGAGGAGAUGGGCGGCGCCGCCGCCGUGGACCGGCUGCUGGGCCUGCUGAAGGACUUUGACGCCCUCUACAUUGCCAAGACCGCCAAGGGCCGCCCGCCCAAGACGCCGAAAACGAAAAAGGCAACAAAGAAACCGCGGGUGGCGCAGCGGUAA